AUGAAGAAGAUGGUAGAAGUCGGAUUUGACGCAUCAAGAAGACUUGAGGAUCAAAUGCGGUUAUUUCACUUGGCCCUGAUAUCAAGUUAUCACCAUAUUGGUGAUAUAAUCGAUCCAAUACAAGAUGGUUCUGGGACCAUCGACACUUCCAUAUAUGCCAAAGCUUUGAAACUCUGGCCAGCCUUGGGCCGUCAAAACCAGCUUCGAAUGAGUACGAGAAUCAAGACGAAGGUAGCGACGCCGAAGUGCGUACCAAUGCCUGAAAUGAAGCCGAGAAAAAUAACAGCAACCUGCGUGAGUGCCAUGUUGGAGCAAGUAAUUACUCUGCUCUUGCUCUCACAUAUACUGGGCAUUGAUCUUACGGUUACGGAAAAGGGUUUAUUUCAAAACACUAGGUUCGUCCGCAGACAUAGGUUUGCGGCACCUAUGCGGGGUAUCAUACUCCAGUCUUGGGACUUGACCACGGAGCGCAUUUCUACUGAUUGUGCCAUCCUCCCUGUCAAAUUACACUGCCCAAUUAUCAUUCAAUAUACCAUUCGUUAUUACAGCCUUCGAGAUGCGCAAACUAGGCUUGAUACCCGAACGAUUCGCCAACCAUUACGAUGCGUUCACACCCCACUCCUCAAGGAAUGGGUUGGAAAUGCAUUCCCUUCCACCCAUGCGCGAUACUACAUCAAGCGGAUUUCGAGAGCCCCAGAAUUUACCCCCCUCAUUCUAUAUGGAGUACUGGGGGGUGUCGAGUUCAAUUCAAUAACUAUCAUGACGUUCGAGGACGACGCGCAUGCGAUGCGAUUCCAGGCCAAGUAUGCAGAGCCUGAGGUCAAUGCACGAAUGAUGGAGGAUGAAAAUAAAUACAUGGCGAAGAAGACGAUUAAAUGCUUCGGACUGGGGGAUCCUCGCAUUACCAAACUUUAG